GCCGAAAUAGAGUUGUUUUUUUAACUGACUGGCUGCCAUUUGCUCUUUUAUUAUAUUUGUGUUAAAUAAUUAUUUCAGUAUUUGAUUUGAUGUAGAAAGUUUAAAAUUGUUUGCAACUUUAAUGAUAAAAAUAAAUGUUUUUUUUAAAUUCAACAAAACUUAGGUCAUUGAAUCUUGUAUUUAGAUGUAGUGUUAAAAGUAACCUAUUCAUUUACCAACUAAAAUUGGUGUAAUUUUAACCUAAAAAGUAAUAGAUACAGAUUAUAACAAUGGAUAAAGUAGCAGUUGAUCCGAAAUUGUUUAUUACCUGUCGUUUAUGUUUAGAGGAUAUGGGGCUUUACCAAAUAGUUCCAGCGGUUCAAAAACAGAUAAAAUUUUGCUUUGAUAUUGAGGUGGCACCAUUUGAUGGAUUACCGCAAUUAAUAUGCAAAAAAUGUGAAGCUAUUUUGAGUGAAUAUUAUAAAGUAAAAAAUUCCUUUUUAGAAAAACAAAAUUGCUUAAAAGUUAAGCUAAGCUUGGAAAAUGAAAAUUUGACGUCUUUACAAGAGUCUUGUUCAAAAAGUCAAGAAGAAAUGUGUUCAUUACGUGCAGGUAUUAAUUUAAAAACUAUAAAGCAAGGAGAAAAUAGAGUCCAAUCAAAAGCCAAGAAAAGGAAAAGAAGUUCUAUAGGUUCUAUAUCCUCCACUACUACUUCAGUAGCAGAUAUAGAUAGUGAUGACUCUCUUACAAAGAUUUGUAAAAACCCACGAAAAGAGGGUACAAGCAUUAUGAACAAAAACUACAAAAAAAUAUUUAUAUGUAAAUUUUGUUCUCAAUUUUUCCCCAAUAAAUUCUUUUUAUUAGAACAUUCAUUAACACAUCAUUCAAAAAUUAAAAGAAAGUUUUCAGACGUAUUUAAGUAUUUUUGUGUAGUUAAAAUGAACAAGAUUGAUGACCACAAAGGUUGCUCCUUCAAGAAUGAAGUACAAUAUAGUCAAAGCCAAUUUAUACAACAUGUAAACGAUAUAAAUUAUUAUAUUAUAUAUACAGCUAAAAAUAAAAAGACUGUUUCUAAUCGCAUUGAAAGUUCGGAUUCUGAUAAUGAAGUUCUUAUAAAACGUGAAAAUAGAAAACCACUUCGAUUACUGUCCAGAAGCGAAUCAAAUGAAACAGUAGUAAUACCUAAUAAAUGUGAUAAUAAUAAUUCAUCAUCUGAUUUUGAGGAAGAGAAAAAUAAGACUGUUGAUUCUAAAUCUAAAAAUCAAGUAUGUAUUAAUAUCGAUUCUGAAUCAUCAGAAAGUAAUUCAGAAGCGAGUAACGUUGUUUCCAACACUAUAGAUGAUGCAAAAGAUACCAAUGAUGAUCAUAAAACAAUUCAGAAUAUUAUUGAAAUAUGUUAUAAUAAAUAUACAAAAAGAGUUACAGAUUAUAGUAAAAAGUCCGACCUAAAAUCUCAUAUACAACACAAAUUUUUAAGUAUAGGACGAAAAAUAAUAAAUAAACAAGGCUUUAAUUGUACUGGAUUACUAAGAUUUAUGGAACAUCAAAAUCUAGAUAUUACUUGGCAGCCAAAAGGUUCAACGUCGACUUACGUUAGAAUUUUAACAAAAAUAAAAGACUGUCAAAAGGAAAAUGGUAUUGAUUUUGUUUGGAUAAACGAGACCGGUGUAUUUCCUGAACAAGAAACAACACCACAUACAAUUAUCCCAAUAUCUUCUUCAAACAGUUCAAUAAACCAUUCUCAAGAACAAAUUAGUAUUACAAUGCCAGUUGGAAACCAAGCUGUGUUAUAUACAACAAGUGCUGAUUUAGAAGCAAAUUCAACUAGUAAGUUACUUAAUGCUAGUCCAGUUGCUAAUCCAAAACAAUUGCCGAAAAAAAAUACUGUUGCUGAAAUUAAACCAAAUAAUAAUGUAACAGACAACAAUGUACGAAAUGAAGACAAUGAUGAUACUAUUUUUAUUGAAUUAGAUGAUGAAGUACCUGAUGGCAAUUUAUGUAUGCCAGUCAUUACUUCUACGACAUCAUUAGCUUGUCAAGGGGAUAAUCAAAUUAACGAUCCUGCAGCAAACAAUCCAGUAUCUACAAAUUUACAAUCAAAUAAAAAUGUUAAUGAAGUAUCAACACCAACACCUGCACCUAGAAUAAAAGUAAAGCCAGUAUCAGAAUUGAUGCCUGUAAAUGUAACGCGUAAUGUAACUCAACAAAAUACAAUAGGAAAUAAGUCUUGGCAUUUGAAUCAAAAUUUACAAAAUUGUGUCAACCAGAAUGUUAAUGUACCUUAUGAAAAUAUGAAUAAUGUUUAUGUUUUAAAUACAGCUGAAAUACAAAACUUAAAUAAGGCUCCAAAUGUUUCGAUGUUACAAAUAGCAAAUGCAAGUACACCGUCGGUAGAAAGUAACAUUGAUGAAAGACCAAAAAUCGUUAAUGAUUAUAUUAUUUUAGAUACAGUUGAAAUGCCCAACACAAAAACUUACUCUCCAUUUAAGUAUUUUAAAACUUUACUUCAAAUGCACAAUAUUUUAUUAUUAGAUUCAAGGAAUGAAAUAAAUCAACAUUUUUAUUGUUUAAUAAAAUUUAAAGUAGUUUUUAAACAAGACAAUGUUAAACCUGUAAUUCUUUGUUUAUCGUUACAUUGUUUACAAAAUAUUUUUUAUAUUGACAUAAAAGAUGGAGGGCGAAUGCAUAUUGAUAUGGUUAAAAUAUCUGCUAAUUGGCAAUGGGAAAUAAUUAAGAUAUAUCAAGGAGAUGUAGUUAACAAAAUUUUAUUUAACUCGCAAAAAAUUAGUGCUGAAGUGCAUGAAAUAACUAAAAGAUUUUUAUGCCUCUUAAAAUCUAUUAAUUAUAAAAAAGAUGUAUCAUAAGGCUUUUUAUUAUUAUUUUAGAAACAUACAAUGACGUAUAUUUUGUUUUAUCUUAAAGCGCUGCUUUCAUCUUUGAUUAAUAUCGACCACCGAGAUGUGUAUUUAUGAUUGAAAUAGGGCGCUGUAAUUGUUAUUAAAAUAAGACAAAAGUGAGAUUCUGGAAAAAUAAUUAUAUAGCAAAUCAGCCUUACUUAUAAUUUGUAAUUAUAUUUUAAUUUUAUGAAAUAUGCAUUAAAAUGUUACUAGUCACAAGCAUUAAUAACAGUCUUACCACAAAAAAUAUUUAAGACACUAUUUAUCUAAACAGUGUUUAUCAAAAUUCUAUGUAAUUAAGUAUUCCUUAGUCAGUUAGUAGUUAUGUUUAUUUGUAAUUUUAUGUGUCAAUAUCAAUAGAUUAUUAUAAUAAAAUUUAUUACUUUAAUUAAGACAUAAGAUUAGAAGCACUUGUAAGUCAUCUAAACCUAUUUUGAACAUCUGUCUAUCACAAGUGUAUUUUUUUAUUGUAAGACUGUAAGGAGCUCUUACUCAGUCAACUACAUAGUGUACUCUGUAAUGUGCAUAGUACUGUUCAUGUCUAUAGGCGACGGUUAGUUUGUUUGCCAUUCCAAGUUGCACAAAAAAAUGUUAAGUGAAUUAACAGACGCCGUACAACGCUUAAUACAUGCAAAGUGCAAGUUUUUACAUAAAUAUCUAUGUCGAAAUUAGACAACUAGUAGAUUUUUGUUCUGCAAAAAAAAAAAAGAACUUUAAAAAGUAGCAUAAAUCGUGACAAAUAUAGAAUUAAUACGAAUGCUGCCAUCUUUUAUCUUUUAUUAUAUCCAUUAACACAAUCAGUGGGGUGUGUCAUCAUUCUGAUUACACGUAAUCCUUCCAUUCUCAACUUCUGUAGAUUGCAAUAAGAAUUAUCGACAUCAGUUGAGAAUUGGCGACUUUUCGAAAUAUAGCUCCAUAUAAAAUACCAAUUUUUUUUAAACUGCAUUAGAAAGUUGCUUUUCAGAUGAUGUUAGUUUGAAAGGUACUUUUAUAACAUCAAGUUGUUUAAUAGUGAUACAUUUAGUUUUCAUAUAAGUUGAGGUACUGGCGGUGUCUAGUCUGUAGUCUCGACCGUAUUUAAAACAAUAAUGAAAAAUAAAAUCAGUGAUUAGUUAGUUACUUUAACAUCGCUUAUUUUUAAUGAUUUUGUCAUUGAUUAGUAUUGGUUUAUUAACUAAGCAGGUUGUUGUAUCAACUGACUUCAAGAAAGAAGAAGAUUCUCAAUUCAGUUAUAUUUUUUUGUUUGUUAUUUUAGAACUUUGUCACUUAUAAAUCGAUUUGGAAAAUUAUUUUAUCUAAAUGAAUAUCAGUAUAUUCUUUUAACAAACAUAGUCGCAUAGAAAUUUUAUCAAAAUCGGUUCAGUAGUCUAGUUUUUAAAUGAAAAUACUGUUUUUGCCAUGAUUAAAGGUUUUGUGGAGCAAAAUAUUAAAUUAUAAGUAAGACUGUAAGUUAUAUUAACAGUAGUUAUUGUUUACAGUAUAGGAUAAAAUUAUAUAUUUAAACUGUCUGUUAUUGAUCAGGAUAAAAUAUCAAUAAUUAUUUGUUGUAAAUAAACACUACCCUUUGUCCUAUACAUAAUUUACCUGUGUAAUUUUUAAGUUUCGUUUUAUUCAGAUCUUACAAAUUUGUUUUUUUUUUACAUGUUAAAAUAGUUUAUAGUACCAAAAUAUUUAUUAUAUACUAGUUAUAAGUUUUUCUUUUAUUCACAUAAUAUAAUUAUAACAAAAUUUGGUA